AUGUGCGAGGUGCUCAUUCUGAUGCUCAAUUCGUUCUAUCGCGUUUACUAUCAGCUGUUUGAUUUGUGCGAGCACACGCUCAUCUCGAUUCUCAUUCUUCUCGUCGUUUUGAUUUGCUUCCUGCCGGCGAUUUUUACCACGAAAACGGAAGAGCAACGCCCGUUGUUUACUAUCGUGGUCCUCGUUUGCGGCGUGGUCGGCGGCCUGACGGUCGUCAUCUCCGUCGUCUACCUCUACCGCUUCUGCCUGAAGAAGCGCAAUCCGGUCACCACAACCGCCAAUCCGGACUACAAGAGGGAGCACAUUCGGAGUGUCGUCGUCGGACUCAGCCGACCGCUGCCAUUGCCGCCAGAGUUCUUGAGCUCGCCAACGCCGAAGCACACAUCCACUACAACUCUUGAGGAUCAUGAGCCGACAAUGGUGCCAUUGCUUGUCAAAAACGAUUCCAACUACGCGCUGAGAUUGUCGCAAAAUACCUAUAAUACCCUGCUCUCAGUGUCGCCGAGUCCGAGUCGCGCUCACAGCGCCGAACUUCUCGACACGGGCGGCGCCGCCGCCGCCGACGACACUCGUCGCGCAUCGGUUCAACGCGGCACCGGCCGCCAACUUCCCAGCACCGCCGGUCUCGAGGUAAUCAUUGUGAACUUCAUUAAAGCUUUUUUCUUUUUACAAAACCAACACAAAAUUAUAUAA